AUGGAUCAUGGUCGCUCGGCCACUGACAUGCGUGCCCAGACUUCCCUCAAAGCCUCAAAGCAGCCAAUUUACCCAUAUAUAAUGCAGUUCUUCCUUGCCUUGGCUAGUGUGGCCCUCAUCGGACAGGCUCGGGCUGCCUGCACACGCGUUUCAGACGCCGAGGGCAAUGCGCUGAGUGAGGUCGAACCCUGUCCAGUCGAGCGUAACUCGGAGAAUAUUCCAACCGGUCGUCUGUUCUGUGCCCAGUCGAAUGCAUGGCUCUCACCCGGUGGCAACUGGGGUACCAAUGCCCACACAACUGACAAGGCCGUGACCUUCAAGAUUAUCCCUCUUGCCGAAGUUGGCACCUUCGACGCUAUUUACUAUUCCUGCUCGUCUGGCACUGAUGGUGAAUUCCUUUGGACGCGGGAUUACUCCUUUGGCGCUGCGAGUGCCUCGAUCGUGGCGUAA